AUGGACCCGCGUAUCCAACUUGAGAGACUCCCGCCAUCCCUCGACACAGCUUCAACAAUUGCAUGCGGCAUCUUGUUCCUCUUCGGUCUGCACUUCACACUUCAGUACUUGGACUACCAGAUACUCUCGCCUCUGGAGAUGCUCUGGAAUGCCUUGGUCUACAUUAUCCCGACACCAUUACUACUGGACUCGGCGCGCCGACAGGAACUGCGAAGAAACGACAUGCUCUCGCAGACACAUGCCGCCAAAGGCGAUGCUUUGAGGAGGAUGCUUGGUAUUGGUGGGAAUGCAAUCUUGCAGAGGCUGCCUGGCGUUGAGGGUGGCGGAAUCGUACGAAGGAUGAGCUCUGCCGUAACGGGAGGGUUUGCUGCACCUGUUACGAGCGAUGUACCUCCUGGAUUGGGCAACUGGGAUAAUUCGUGCUACCAGAACAGCGUCCUCCAAGCGCUCAGCUCUCUUGGUAGUCUGCGAUCGUGGUUGCGAGUGUCCGAGCCUGGCAUUGGUGAAAGUGGUAGCACGACCAAUGCUUCGCUGCAAGAGACGAUUGCGAAGUUGCGGGAUCCGUCGAACAACGGAAAGCAUAUCUGGACACCCGCGAAGCUCAAGAGUAUGAGUAGCUGGCAGCAGCAAGAUGCACAGGAGUACUUUUCCAAGAUCAUGGACGAGUUAGACAAGGAAGCCGCGAAGAAUGUAGCAGCGACAGAGACCGAGCCCGGACUGGAGACUGUCGUAAGGGAGCAAGAUUCAGGCGCCGAGGCGGAGACAAAUACGCAUACGCCAGGUCUUCCAAGAAACCCGUUGGAAGGCCUCGUUGCGCAGCGAGUAGCCUGCACGAAAUGCGGCUUCUCCGAAGGAUACUCCAUGAUCCCCUUCAACUGCUUGACGGUUCCGCUUGGCUCGAACAAUACAUAUGAUCUUGAGGCAUGCUUGGAUGAGUACACUAAGAGUGAGGACAUCGAGGGCGUGGAGUGUCGCAGUUGCACUCUAAUUUCGGCGGCCGCGAAGCUGAAGCAGCUCCAGCUGCCCGUUGAACUCCGUGGCCAGAUUGCAGAGCGGUUGCAGGCGAUUGAACAAGCACUUGAUAGUGACGACUUUUCCGACAAGACUCUCAAGCAGGACUGCCACAUCCUUCCAAAGGCUUUCGUGAACAGCACGAAGACGAAGGAGCUUGUCCUUGGUCGAGCGCCACAGUCUCUGGUCGUGCACAUCAAUCGAAGCGUUUUCGACCCGAUGACAGGAUCGCAGCGGAAGAACUACGCCAAUGUGCGGUUUCCCUUCGUGCUGGAUCUGCAGGAGUGGAUGCUAUCAAUUGGUGAUGCAUCUUCACACUACCAGCUUAGUGCCGUGGUAACUCAUUAUGGGCGGCAUGAGAACGGCCAUUACAUCUGCUACAGAAGGCACGCUAGCUUGGAGACAGCAGACGAACAUGAGGACCUUGGACAUGACAAACGGAAGGAAAGCUGGUGGAGGUUGAGCGAUGAGGAUGUAUCGCCUGUGACGGAGACGGAGGUGCUCGAUCAGGGCGGAGUCUUCAUGCUCUUCUACGAGCGUAUUACUGAGCCCGGCCUACCUCAUGCCACAAUUUCAUCAGCCCCAGCAGAAGUGGUUGAGGAAGCCGCAGCAAUACCACUCCCAGCAGAUGGUGCCGACGAUUGGGAUUUGUAUCCAGGGAAACCCUCGUCCACAGCGACGCCUUCGUUAGUCACUUCGUCUGAGCAUUCGGUCGUUUCAGAAUCCGACACCGACACGGAUUACGAUGACGAGGAUCCUACUGUUGCAAAACAGUCAUCGCAGCCAACGCCUGUACUCAAGACUGCGUCGCCAACAUCGCUCAGGCCUACCCAGAAGGACAUGAAGCAUGCUAUUGGCAUGAGCAAUACGAUGAUGAGCGUUUAG